AUGGGAGCAUUCCAAGCCUUUACUAUUUGGGUUAUUCCUUUGCUUGUCAAAGGACAACUUUAUAAACCAUGCAUGCUGUUUGCCACGGUAGCCAACUGCAAGGUGGAAUAUCUCAAGUCGGGACGGCUAGAUAUUCGAUUUCUCGACAGUCUUGAGCCAGUCUUGAGUUAUGGUUGAGUCGCCAUCGUAUUUUGAGCCGUAUCGGCCCGUUUUGGAACAACUGAAGAAUAUCACUCCCGAUAAUUUUCCAUUCCGAGAGUACCUGGUCCCUUGCUAUUCUAAUGUGAAAUCUCCCCAGUACCUAAGAAUUGGAAUAUUGGAACGCCACGUGGGAUAUGACCUAGAGGAGACCCUUAAGUUACAAGAUGGUCGCGGUGGAGGCGUAGUGUCCAUUUGUGAUCUUCUAUUGUGGCGAAAAGCUGAUGAAGUUAACCGAAACGAUUCACAGCUUGAGGCACUGAAAGAUGCUCUUACCAAAGAGUUUUCCGUAAUACAAGGUCCUCCCGGGACAGGUAGGAUUCAUUUAAUUAUAACCAUGCAUCCAUCUGAUUAAUGAAAUUUCUUAGAUUAAUUUGCAGCACUCUCAUGCGGUUUUGCACAGGCCGUAAAACGAUAUAACUGCCACUACCACAAGAAUAUAGACAAGUGUGAUUUCAAGUAAACCUCCCCCCCCCGAAAUGCCCUAGAGUGUUUUUCUCAUUCUUUGAUUGUACAUUAAAUUGGAUGCCAUGAUUGACUAAUACCCAAAAAUCGUUCGCUAACACCUUUUGAACUAAGUAGAUGUUCUAGCACUCAGCCUGAGUCUCGCUGCAGCUCAGUGGUUAGAACACCUGACUGAUGUUGCGGGAGGUCAUGGCUUCGAACGUUUCGGGACUCAAUGUUUUCUUUGUUCCAAGCCUCUUGACGUGACAAAUAUCACGUCCUUCUCCUUAUUUUAUUGGUCUUACUUCCUCCUUUUUUUCUUUCCAGCUAAAACCUACUUUGGGUUAAAGAUUGUAAGAGCUCUUCUUGACAACAGACACGAGUGUGACGCCGAGAAAAAGUCAGCCAUUCUGAUGGUUUGCUAUACCAACCACGCACUGGAUCAGUUUCUGGAAGGAGUGCUGAAAUUUCAACAACAGGAAUAA